UAAUUUUGUUUAAUAUAGUUAUUGCAAUAGAAAAAAAAACUUGCGAGAGGAAAUUUUCAACGAUGUUCAUAGCAUCAUGGAUCAUAGCCUAUGUACUUGUUGGUGUGCUGCUGGUAAUAACGCUUGUCUACGUCGGAUUUCUGGCUUUCAAAGCUUACAGCAUCCGGCAAGACAUAAAGCGCGCUCAUAGUUAUCGGUAUAUCUUGAGGACGCCUUCGGAAGACUUCGAAAUUUCUUCGGCUACCGAUGGAUCCCCGAGUCCUAAGCUUUUGGAAGCUUCAGUCAGACCACCAACUCAGCCUCCUUACUUUGUUGGUGAUGUGCAGACGGUUCACAUUCAGCCCCGUCUCGUUAGGCGCUCCCCCACGGAUUUCACACCAUCCGCCAGUCCUGCAACUCCACUGACGCCAAAGUCGCCCGGAACUCCGGGUUUCUUCGAUGACUUGGGAACCCUGGAUCCCAGUCUUUACACAAUGGUAGCGGAGGAAAGUGGAUGCUCUACUUCCGAAUCUGGAUCCCCUUUAACUCACAAUCUUGGCCAGGCUCAUUUCAAAGUCAAUUUCGAUCAGCAUCGUUCAAUCCUGUCAGUAAAGCUCGUGAAAGCCAUGAACCUGUCACCGCUCGGAAAGGACUGGAGCAAGCCAUGUAAUCCUUACGUCAUAGUGCAACUGCUUCCUGAUUACAGACAUCAACUGCAGUCUACUGUGCACAAAAAGACUACCAACCCUCGUUUUGACGAGACGUUUGAAUUUGAGUUGUCUUAUAAGGAACUCCAGUUGCAAACCCUAUGGCUGACGUUCCUCUCGUUUGACACGUCUUCCCGUCACGAGGUGAUUGGCCAAGUAUUGUUGCCGCUGGCUGAUUUAUCACUCUCUCAAGACAACACAUAUCGAACUGAUAUUAGACCGAGUCUUAAGAAACAAGUAGCGUUAGGGGAACUGAUGGUCUCUCUUGGUUACCUCAAGUCCGCGGAGAGGUUGACUGUUGUCGUCAUUAAGGCUCGCAAUCUACCAGCGGUUAAUAUUAAGGGAACAGAUCCCUAUGUUAAAGUCUAUCUGCUAAUGGCAGGAAAACGGGUAAAAAAGAAGAAAACGACCGUUAGGAAAGGAACAUUGAACCCUGUGUUCAACGAAGCCGUAUCGUUCGACAUAUCAGUAGACGCCAUGAACUCUGUGGACCUACUGCUGUCUGUUAUGCAUGAAAACGAGGUUAUCGGUUGCGUGUCACUCGGUGCCCACGCCACCGGAAAAGAACUCGGACACUGGCGGGAGGUACGCACUGCCAACAAACCUGUCGCACACUGGCACGUGUUACAAGACCCAAAAAAGUUUUAUUAGGAAAAUUUAAGUCUUGAAAUGGAUGAACUGAGAAGGAAGAGACAGAGAACUCAUAAGAGGCAUUUCAGGCUUGUAGUGAAGUCUAUUUCAAAUGAUGAGAUUCGUUGCGACGAAAAAUUUCACGUAGGAUGUCGGCACAGUUAAUCUAACUUGUGGCAGAGUAUGUGAACGGGGAAUGGGAAGGAUUCAGCUACAAACCUUGAGGAGGAGGAGGAGAAGGAUUGGGUCUAUUUUCACUCAUUCCCAUUCCUCCGCCUGGCGCCUUCCCACAGCCGUAAUGAAGACCCCUUAGCUGCGAAGUUGAGUGGGUGAGGCAUUUCAGUCCUGUGUAGAAGCGUCGCCGAUUGCAAAGACAAUCUCAUAACUUUUUUGAAACUGAGAAACCUUUGUUAAAUGAAACAAAUCUUGAAAUAAGAUGUAUAAUUUUUUAAAUUCCCAUUUUAAUGAUAACCGUAACUAAUUUCUGACUGAUACCUUUUUACAGAGCAUAUUCUCUCUUUUUAAGGUUGAGAUAAAAUAACGUGCUUGUUUCUUUUCUUUUUAAUAUUAUCUUAUAUGUUGAAUCAUAAAAUCGAAUUGUAAGAUAGGUCAUCGCUUAAAUUUCUUUUCCUUAAUAAAAUAACAGUUAAUAGAGAAUGUAUUCAACGAAUAAGUAAAAAUCGUGGACGUUCUUUACAGACAACCCCAUGAUCACAAUUGGGGCUCGUCUUGGAAAAUUUGUCCCAAAUUUUUAAGCUGA